AUGGCACCAUUUGCCACUGUGAAGAAGGAUCAUAGCAUGAGCUCACCAAAGAUAUGCCUGUGCAGGUGUUCUCCCUACGGACACGGAACAGCCAUGCCUGCGGCGUCAGCUGUUGCAAGUAAAAGUUUCCGCUCAUCAGUCCGUGUCUACAAGAUCCUGUUGAAAUCUAAACGAGCGGAGGGUGAGACGACGCGACGUGGGAAGCAAGAUGCAGAUCUUCGUGAAGACGCUGACGGGAAGACGAUCACGCUGGAGGUGGAGAGCAGCGACACCAUCGACAACGUGAAGGCGAAGAUCCAGGACAAGGAAGGCAUCCCGCCGGACCAGCAGCGCCUCAUCUUCGCGGGGAAGCAGCUGGACGACGGCCGCACCCUGGCCGACUACAACAUCCAGAAGGAGUCGACGCUGCACCUGGUGCUGCGCCUCCGCGGCGGCAGCAGGGGCGGCUACCCCGAGGGGAUCGGGCCCAGCCUCCGCGAGCUCGCGCAGAAGUACAACGAGAACAAGAUGGUCUGCCGCAAGUGCUAUGCACGGCUUCCUCUUAGGGCAACCAACUGCCGCAAGAAGAAGUGUGGGCACACCAACGCGCUGAGGUCAAAGAAAAGGUUCAUGUCCAAGAUUGGUGGAACAUGA